AUGUCUUUCUUUCUCAUAUUUUCAAGGGUUGGCCAAAAGCUAUUUUUCCUUUACACAAUAUUGUACUUAAAGAUAUCAAAAAAUUGUAUCUGUAUGCUAAAUUUCAAAAAAAGAAAAAGAAAAAGGAAAUAAGAGGGAAAAAAGAGAAAAUGAGGGGGGAGGGGAGAAUUCCUCAAAUAUUUCAUGGAGAAAAGAAGGAAAGGAAGUGAUGGAAGAAGACGUUGAAUGGGAAAAAAGUAAAGAAAAUGAAAAAAAGAGAAAAGAAAGGAAGAUUUUGGAAGAAAAUAUAUAUGGAAAAAAGAGGAAAAUAUCGAUAUGAUGGAAACUUUGAUUAGUUUUAUGUGAUGCAUGUAGAAAAUUUGUACUUGAAAAAUCAGGGAGUUAAAAGAAGUAUAAUACCAGCCCCUGAAAAGUGUAACUGGGCUUGUUUGGAGUGGAUGAAUGGAAGUACCAUGUUAACUUACAUACUUAAACUUCUUUCAAGGGAUUUAGUUUUCUUGUUUUGGCGAGCUAAGCCAAGUCAACAAAUGCUCUCUAAGAUGCAAGAACACCGUUGCCGAUCGUUGGAGUAUGAGCCUCAGAAAUUUGUGGUCAUUUUGGCUGAUGUGGUUGAUUAUACAUGCACACCUGAGGAAGUGCAGCAGCAUUUCCAAUCUUGUGGCACUGUAAACAGGGUUACUAUUCUGACAGAAAAGUAUGGUCAACCAAAAGGAUUUGCUUACGUAGAGUUCCUGGAAGCAGAGGCUGUUCAAGAGGCUCUGGUGCUGAACGAAUCUGAAUUGCAUGGCCGCCAGUUGAAGGUUUUGCCAAAACGGACUAAUGUUCCAGGGAUGAAGCAGUACUGUCCAAGACGAUUCAAUCCUUAUAUGGGCUACCGGCCUAGGAGGCCCUAUAUGCCGCCUUAUUUUUAUUCUCCUUAUGGAUACGGGAAGAUUCCUAGAUUCAGGAGGCCAAUGCGGUAUAUGCCCUACUACUAGAAGACUGAGUUAUUGAGAGUUACAGUGAUGACAUGAUU